CUGCACGCAGCGGGCAUGGAUGAGGACGCGUCCCAGGCUGCAGAGUCCCAGCGUGCGGCUGCAGAGAUGCCAGCCCAGAAGCCAGCCAGCCCGAGCCCGGCGCCCUCGUCCACACCCGGCCACAGCCUGAACCUGGGCGCCGCCGCCGAGCCCCUGCGGGACAGCUCGCAAGUGAACGCCGUCACGGUGCUCGCCUUGCUGGACAAGCUGGUCGCCAUGCUGGACACGGUGCAGGACAACCAGCGCACGAUGGAGCGGCGGCAGAUCAGCCUGGAGGGCUCCGUGAAGGGCAUCCAGAGCGACCUGACCAACCUGGCCGAGUGCCAGACAUCCGCGGGCCGCACGGUGGCCCAGCUGCUGGAGAUGUCCCGCAAGGUGAGCGCGCACACGCGGGCCGUCCGGGAGCGCAUGGAGCGGCAGUGCGCGCAGGUGCGGCGGCUGGAGGACAGCCAGGCUCAGCUCCUCAGGCGCAACCACUUCAGAGUGCUCAUCUUCCAGGAAGAAGAUGAGAUCCCCGCCAGCAUAUUUGUGAAAGAGCCCGUUUCCAGUCCAGCUGAGGGGAAGGGGGAGCUUGCGGAUGAAAACAAGUCCCUAGAGGAGGCCUUGCACAACGUGGAACUCUCUUCAGAGGAUGAGCUGCCUCACGCCAACGAGAGCUUGGAAGACAGUGCCGAGGAAACGACGGAAGAAAGCAGGGCAGAAAGACUGAGAAGAUCCAGCCUCCGGAAAGUGGAUAGCCUCAAGAAAGCGUUUUCUCGUCAGAACAUCGGGAAGAGGAUGAACCAGCUGGGGACAAAGAUCAUAUCUGUGGAAAGGAGGGAGAAGAUUAAGAAAUCACUCACUUCCAGUCACCAGAAACGCUCCUCAGGGAAGAGUUCUCCCUUCAAGGUUUCUCCUCUGUCUUUCGGCCGCAAGAAAGUUCAAGAAGGAGAGGGCCCUGCAGAAUAUGAAACCAAGUCAGAAGACACGCAGAGCAGGGAGCUGACACCCCAAGACCAGGAGGAGAGCUCUUUUGCAGAAGGCUUGUCCGAAGCAUCAGUCACAGACGCCACAGUGGAAGGGGUGGAAGGAAAGGGCCUGGAGGGCGAGGCUGCCAGGGAGACCUUGAGAGAGAAUAACCCAGCUAUGCACAGCAAGGUGAACUUGACUAUCGUGGAAGACGCAGAAGAGGAGUCCGUGUCCGUGGAGCAGGGACAGUACGUGCAGUAUGAGGGAGGUUAUGCGCUUACCUCCGAGGAGACAGAGAGGUCUGACGAGGAGCCCGCACAGCCAGCUGUGCUCCAGGUAGACCAGACAGCCUGAGCCCAGAACCCCCGUGCCCAACCUGUGCCUUCAGCGGAGUGCGUGGCCAGAGCCUGGAAAGAAACUCCGGCCCGUGGGCUGUUCACUGACACCCAGGCUUGUCCCGGCAGGAAUACAAUAGUACAGACUGGUAGCAGGAUGUGGCCCAGAGUUACUAUGAAGACAACCUGUCAAGGACUCCAUUUCCGAUUUACUCUUAGAGGCCAUUUCCAUAGGAUCUCCCCAUGGUUGCCCGGAAGAAGAAAUGGAGAAGAAGAAAAAAACCUCGAUCCAUCUGGCUUAGUCAUAAAAGCCAGAGGCUACUGCUCAUGAAACCAAGUGAUUUCUUCCCUUUGGUGUCCCUCCCACCCUCGCUUGGCCAUUCCAUAGCUUGCUAAAUAGUGUUGCCGUAAUAGAUAGUGACUUUUUCAAAUCUAUUAUUCGUCAAGGACGUAAUAGAUAAUUUGCUGACGUAUUCAAGCUACUUUUUACAUCUUAAGAAAACACUUAAAAUUAAUGGGGAGUGUCCACUUGGUGAUUGACUUAAUAUAAACUAUCAUUUUAUUACACACAAAAAUAUUUGAAAGACUCCUAUUCUGCUAAUGAAGUAAGAUAUGGAGCAAAGUAGGGAUGGUUAAUAAAAGGAAGGUAUGAAGAAGUUGUAGACUAGAAAUAAACAAUUAAUGUCAAAAAAAGGCAGAUGGAAAACAGCAAAUGCUUAAAGUUAACUUGCAGUAUUACUCCAACUAUUUCACUCUAUCAAUGCCAAAGAAAUUCAGAUGUCUAAAAUAAUAUUAUAUCUUCACAAUACUUCCAUUAUCUAAUAUUUUCAACUAAUAUGAAAAGUAUUCUUCUGCACUGGAGUUUCAUUUUUACUAAUAAGAUCUUUCUCUGAAGGAGUUCAAAGGAAUGUUGUCUCUAAAAAGGUCUGAACAAAAAUUUUUUCAAAGUUAAUGUAUACUGUCUUUUAUAAGAAAUUAAACCCUACUAUCCUUAAUAUAAUAUUUCUCAAAUCUAAAAUUAUCUAUACACCCUAACAGGUGUAAAAUAGAUUUAAGAAGUGUUAUAGCUGGUAGGUUUAGGAAGAAAAGGAUUCUCUUUUCCUUUUUUUUUUUUUGUACAUAAUAGUAGUACUAUUCCAGGUAACAUUUUAUUUAUUCAUUAAUUUCACAGAAUUUUAAUAUAUUUCUUCUUAGUGCAUAAUAGUGUUUGUAGGGACACAUUUUUACUAACUAGAUAGGUUCAUUUUUACUAGUGCCCAAUAUUAAACUAAAAUAUUAUUUUAAUUCCAAUUAUAGAAUACUAUUUUUUAAUCUAUUAAAUGAUAGGGUAAGGACAGCUAUGACAGAGAGAAGAUUCUGUAGCUUUUUUAUGAACCACUAGAAGUAACUUUACAUUAUUAGCAGACUGAGCUUUGUCUUAUAUAAGUGAUAAAUUUAGCACAUGCUUUGAUGGAGUAAGCUAUGCAGGUAUAUCUCUGUGUUACAAUAAUGUGCCGCAAAUACUGAAUUGCCACGCUAAUAAUGGCUGUGUUUUAAAGGCUAAAUAAAUGGAAAAUAAAAGAGU